ACUUAGUUCGAUGAAAGUGCAGAGCAUAUUUUUAAACAAAAUGUGGACUGGAUAUAUAGUAGUUUUAGCAGCACUGUUAGGUGUGGUGUCCUGCUACCCCGAAGGACGUGUUGUCAAUGGAACUGAUUCGGACAUCACGAAAUUCCCAUUUUUGGUAUCACUGCGCGGUUCGACCGGUUCCCACUCAUGCGGUGCCAGCAUAAUAGCGCCACGUUGGAUCCUCACUGCCGCGCAUUGUGUUGUUAGUGCAACGGCCAGUAGGAUCAGCAUUCAGUACGCCUCGACGGUAAUCGCCGCCACCAGCAGCAAUGUGGCGAAGGUGAAACGCAUCAUUGUACACGAGGAUUAUAGCCCGGAAGACGCGUAUGCCAAUGAUAUUGCCUUAUUGAAGUUGUUCGGUCAAUUGGUGUACAACUAUAAAACCAUUGCGCCGGUCACUCUGCCGGAACCAUACUUUGAAAUACCACAAGUGCAGGCCGGCGCACCAGGCGUGCUCGCUGGUUGGGGACGCAAUGAGACGGGUGGACCGGUUCAAACGGUGGUGCAAGAGGUCGAUUUGAAAAUCUUCUCGGAUGAUGAGUGCACCGAACGCCAUAAUGGACGCACAACCACAGAUCAUCUUUGUGGUGGCGUCGAUGAAGGCGGCAAGGGUCAAUGUAAUGGUGACUCAGGCGGUCCUUUGCUUUAUAACGGUUCUAUACAAUUGGGUAUUGUAUCGUGGAGUAUCAAACCUUGUGCCGUUUAUCCUUAUCCCGGUGUGUAUACCAAAGUUUCACAUUAUAUUAGUUGGAUUAAGAAGAACAUGAAUUAAUCAGUCUAUAUAAAUAAAAACUUCCUUAAAUUAGACCUCA